UGUUCAUCCGCCGCUCGUUUCUAGACUUCAUGAACGAAUUCGGUCCGAUUUUUCACGCGUGACGACCCACGGAAGAGCCAUGCGCUCAAUGCGACGCGUUAGCGGAGAUUCACGCGUGUUUUCCCUGUAAAUCAGUCGCUUUCCAUCUGUUUGAGUUACUUGCUCGGUUCUGAAAGGCUUGAUCCAAGUGUGUAAGACCGAAAGCGGACCAGAGUGACGGUGCGUCCGGUCCCAUGUUGCAGCCGAACCAGGACGAACAUGCCCGCUCAAAAGAUCCGGUGAAAUACGGCGAACUGGUGAUUCUCGGGUAUAAUGGCUCCCUGCCAGGUGGAGACCGCGGUCGGAAGAGGAGUCGCUUUGCUCUUUACAAGAGGGCAAAAGCGAACGGUGUCAAGCCAAGCGCUGUGCAUAUUCUCAGCAACCCACACGACAGCAAGGCGGUGAACAGCAGGGGUCAACACAGCAUCUCCUUCACUCUCUCCAGGAAUCAGACGGUGGUGGUGGAAUAUUGCCAUGACGACCACACCGACAUGUUCCAAAUCGGUCGUUCCACAGAGAGUCCCAUUGACUUUGUGGUGACUGACACACCCGGAUGUUCAAAGGAGAGUGAAGACACCUCAUCCGCCCCGAGCACCAUCUCUCGCUUCGCAUGCAGGGUGGUAUGUGACCGGAAUCCUCCUUACACUGCCCGUAUCUUUGCUGCUGGAUUUGACUCCUCCAAAAACAUCUUCCUUGGGGAAAAAGCAACUAAAUGGAAGAACCCUGAUGGUCACAUGGAUGGACUCACAACCAAUGGGGUGCUGGUUAUGCAUCCUCAGGGUUUUCCAGAAAAUCCGAAGCAGGGACUGUGGAGAGAGAUCUCAGUGUGUGGUGAUGUCUAUGCUCUCAGAGAAACCAGAUCUGGUCCUAUCAGAGGACAACUGGCCCAGGGCGAGAGCAGCGCGCUGCAGGAUGGCUCUCUCGUGGACCUCUGUGGUGCCACUCUCCUGUGGCGCACAGCUGAAGGUUUGCUCAAAGCACCAACUCUGCGACACCUGGACGCCCUGCGGCUUGAGCUGAACGCCGCUCGGCCACAGUGUCCCGUGGGUCUGAACACGCUGGCCUUCCCCAGCCUCCCCCGAAGCCACAGUCUGGAGGAACGUCAACCGUGGGCGUACCUCGCCUGCGGCCAUGUCCAUGGCCGGCACGACUGGGGCCAACGACCGGAGCGUCACCGCGAGCGAGAGGAAGGGGCGUGCGGAGGUACCGGUGGCCGUCGGGAGUGCCCUCUCUGUCGGACAGUCGGGCCUUACGUUCCCCUAUGGCUGGGCUGUGAGCCGGCCAUCUAUGUGGAUGCGGGCGCACCCACUCACGCCUUUGUGCCCUGCGGCCAUGUGUGCUCAGAGAAGACAUACAGGUAUUGGGCGGAGACUCCGCUGCCUCACGGGACCCACGCCUUCCGACCCACAUGCCCCUUCUGCUCGGCCCUGCUGUCGGGCAGCCCUGGGUACACGCGGCUCAUCUUCCAGGGUCCUAUCGAUUGAUGAG